UUUUUGGAAACCUUACCAUAGGAUGGCCACCUCAAAUGGGAAAGGUGAAAAAGUGUCCAAAUUUGAGACAUUGAAACUUUUGGAGAAAUGCAGGAAGGAAAGAGACGAUGCCAUGCACAGAGAAAGUGUUCUCAGGGAGAAACUCAGACAGUAUGAGUCGAGGAUGCGUUCGACAGAGGCUCUGAAACAGAAACUGAAGACCUUGACCAUGGACAACAAGGAGCUGAGGAAACAAGUGAAGUCCCUUCGUACUGAGAUUGGUCUUGAAUCCAGCCCUAAGUUCAAUGGAAAGACUACAAAGGACAUAAUCAAUGACUUGCAUGAAAAGGACCGUGAGUGUAGUUCCCUGAUGGAGAAAGCCGGGAAACUGAGUUUGACCAUUGAUGAUUUGACAUCAGAGUUGGCAAACACGGUCACCUCUAAGACACUUCUAGAGGAUCAGGUGCAGUCGUUGCAGCAAAAUCUCAAAGAUAUGACAAAUAAUCAACGCCGUCUGCUCAAGUUGUGGGAAGACAAGAAGUCCCAGAGGGAGCAGCUUGCGCUCCCUUCCAUCGUCCAGAAACCGUUCGUCCACAAAGCAGUUCAAACGGAGAUGUCCAUCAACCUAUCUCAAAAGCUGCCGGUCAACGCGUUCGAGACGAAGCCAUUCUCUCGGGAUCAUGAUAAAAAGACAGUGUUGGAUCAUCACAGCUUUCCAAAUUACGGAAACGGCUAUCAUCAUGAAAAGAAAUCUUAUUUGCAUGAUGAAACCAAAGGAAUUCAGAACUGACUCGGACUCAUUGAAAUGACAAGCCACAACUUGAACUCACUUUACACUCUUUCACAUUGAGAGAGAGAGGGAAAGGAAAGCAGAGA